ACCUCGUUUUCGCGUUUUUGAAUUCUAUUCGUUAGUUUACAGUUGUGUUUCAGAUAUAUAAAUAUAUAUCAAAUAAUUCAAUAAUCGCUUUGUCUUCUUAGGAGAGUCAGUUUAAUUGCAGUAAUCGAAAAUUAGCGUAGAAAUAGUUGUGAUAGUCUAGGCUAAUUCUUCAUCGGUACUUUUAAAAAACAGAUUGUUGAAUGCUAUGAAUCAGAAUGAUGGUUUAAAACAAAUACCCCAUUUUCCAGGUGCCAACUCGCGAAGCCACUUAAAAUAGGCACCGAAAAUGUUGCAAUGGUGAGGUGUAGAAAGAAUUUCACGGGGGUCAAAGGUCGGGGAAAGAUCCAUUGCGAUAUAACGACUGUCGUAAUGUAUCGAAAAAUGCGGCAUCGAAGUUCAACGGCAAACGUGCAGUUUAUCAUUUGAGUGAAGUAAUUGAUUAUAUGACAACUGAAAGAUUCCCAGAAACUGGAAUGACCAAAUCUGUCUACAACGUGAAUCACGAGCUCACGUUUCCAGUAUUUAAUCAGAUGUAUGAUCAACGUAUAAAUACAACUCGAUAUCUUCCAAUGUUAGGUAGUUCUGGUAAAAGUUGUAUUCUGUAUAUAAAUUGUCGGGAUUGCAAUAAAACCACAAGGUGUUUUAAACGUCUAUUCUCGACUGCCGGUGUCUAUCGUCAGGUUGACAAACUUGGGACAAAACUCUUGUCAUUCAAAACUCGUGUCAGACGUAACCAAUCAAACCAGUCAACAAACAAUUAAUGUGUAGUUUUAACUGAUCUUUACAAGACAAACAUCUAUUUAUCAUGCAACUUGCUUCGAGCCUGUAUGACAAUAUUGAAAUUAAAACUGUUCUGCUCAUGGUUUGAUACAUACCGAGAAAGGGGGAUUCAUAUUACAAUGACAGUCAUGAUUGAUAUAUGUAAAUAUAUACUAUAUAUAUCUAUUCUAGACACUGAAACCGGAGCUCCAUUUGACUAAGAUUUUUAAGUGUUUUAUCUCACUUUUAAAUUGGCGACAGCUUUCGAAUUUACUAUUUCGAGUACAUUUGAUACUUCUAAACAUCUAAGAAAAUUUGAAACGAUAGCACUCAUUGAGGUAUUUAGAUUCGUUUUUUCUCGAUUUAAGUGUGUUCAUCAUUUUAGUGCUGGAAAAGAGAUUAUAUUAACAGUGGGUAGUAUCAACAGAAUACAUGUAGUAAUUAUGAAUUUGCUCGAAGAAAAGAAACCUAUUAAUUGUUGCGUUAUUUUUGAUAACAGAUGUUCAUAUCCGCAUUCAGAUAGGAAAUUAGAAGGUCCCUUGAAAGCGAGAUAAUAUUGUCUGCAUCUGUAUGUAUAUAUAAUCUUAGUAUGGCAUGCAAUUAUCUCUUCAGCAACCUCACAUCAGUGGUAAUAAAAUAUUAAAAGUGAAUACAAAAUGUCACCCGUUGCCUACUGAUCUGUGUUAAGCAAUUUUCAAAAUAUAAUUUACACACACAAUUUGAUGCGAUGUUCUUAUUAUUUUUAAUGAAUUCUAUAUCAAUGAGAAAGAUGACAUUUGAAAAACUCCAAUUUCGUGUACUUCAAGAGGAGGAUUAUGAUGUGGUGUGGGAUCUGGUACUUAAAGAAUUUAUUCCUCGAGAACCCUCUUUUGUACCGCUGAAGCUAACUGAUGAGGAUUGCAAUGACUUGUUUCGAAACUCAGUCAAGGAAGGUAUCUCCCACCGGUCAAGCAUUGGUGUGUUUGAUAAGGACACAGGUGAAUUGAUUGGAAUUAACUUGACGGCAUUGGGAAAGAAGCGUGGGCCAAUAUCUGUUACUGGCUCAGGUAAAAGCUCAAAGAAAGAACAACAAAUUGGAAGGUUGGUAUCAAUUCUACUUGGAGGUGGAAGUCCGAAUGCACCGGAAGUAGCCCUUGGCACAAGAAACUACAUGCAGUCAUUCAUGCUAUGUUCAAAAUCAACCCAUGCUAAUAUCGGUAUCGGAACAGAGUUAUACAAGAGAACAGAUGCUAUUGCUCGAAAAGAAGGAUGCAAGAAGAGGUUCACUUAUUGUACAAAUGCCUUCACAUUUAAAAUAUGUGACAAAUUUGGAUAUGAGUCCUUGAAAGAUAUAUAUUAUAAAGAUUAUGUUGAUCCUGUAUCCGGAGGAAAAAUUCUAGAGAGUAUUCCUCCCCCUCAUAUAAAGAUCAGUCUUAUGGUUCUUAGGCGGAAUCAACGGAGUUGUGUUAUUUGCAUUUUCAAGUAUGGCCAGCAUUGUUAUCCUGCCUACGCCAUCUGAUGACAGACGUGCCGCUGCAUCUGAACAGUCAGACUUGACAUCUCCUCCAAGAGAACAAAACAUUAAAAACAAGUCAAAGAGAAAAAAGAAAGAGCAAUGAUUGAGAUUAAAUAAAGUACCGUGUUUUCCCGAAAAUAAGACCGACCCGGAAAAUAAGACCUAGCCCGAAUUUUAAAAAUGAUUUCAACAUAAGCCCCUUAAAAUAAGACCUAGUCAAUAGCGCGAACUUUUUUUUUACUUA